ACUCCACAAAUUUCGAAAGAUAUCAUCAUAGUGUCUGACUCCUCCUGGUUUUUUGGCCACUAUCUCGCAUAUAUAAAGGACAAUUUUUAGGAUUUUUCUAUUUCAUAUUUAUUCUUUAAUUUUUUGAGGAAAAAUGAAGCCAAUAUUGCUCAAACUAUUAUUGCUUCUGCAUGUAAUAUUUGACAUAUCCUUCACAAUCAUCUCCCUUGGAUUCUACACUCCCGGGUGGGUAUUCAAUCUGGAUGAUGUCUUCAAGACAUUUCAUAUUAAUGACUACAACUACAUGAUUUCUCCAUUGGAUUUUGUCGGCCUCUGCCUCUUUCGGCAAGUUUCUCUUCUUGUCGCAUUAAUCAUUGUUCGACGUGGAAAAGCUGAGAGGCUCAAGAAAUACAUGACCAUCUACGAUUUGUUUGGAAUCCUCGGAUAUAUGAUUGCCGUCGUCAAGUUGCUAGUUUUCGAUGAGACCAGCGGAUUUUUGAAGAGUCCCGGAGUUUUCAUGAGCGUCGGAUCAGCUGUUUUCCUCACAUUUUCCCUGCCAUUUGCAAUUCGGAAAACACUACUGGGCAAGAAGAAAGAAGGAGCUGAAUACGAGAGGCUAACUGAGAAUACUGAAACUGCUGCGAACACUAAUGUCGAAAAUGGAACUGCAUCAACUAAUGGCACUGCUUCUACAGCUACACCUACAGCUGCAACUUCCAGUACAUCCAGAUCUAGUUCCACUGAUGAAGAAGAUAAUGAUGCAGUUUCAAAGGAGGAGAAGGAAAAACGGCUCCCGUUGCUCACACAUCUUUGGCAAAUUGUCAAAUUGUGCUCAGUGCAGUGGAAGUGGUUUUCAGCUGCUUAUGUUCUUUUGUUCGUUGAUUGCAUCUUGAACUUGAUCGAGCCCGCACUCUACAGUCAAAUGAUGUCAACUGCAAUCCGUAUGAAGUCCUUUGACGUCCUCAAACGAGCAUGCAUCGUGCUCGCAGCAGUUCAAUUCACCGAAGCUACUGUCAACACUGUUCGAUACAUUUGCAUGCAAUAUGCUGAAAGACUUACUGCAAGAAAUAUUCGUGUCAGUCUUUUCCGUGCAAUUCUGCAUCAAGAUAUCAGCUUUUUCGAUGAUAACAAAACCGGUCAGCUUAUGUCAAGAAUUACAAAAGAUUCCGAAUCAAUCUCGAACUCACUUCCUGUCUACAUUGAGACCACUGUCAACAACUCAUUCAUGCUCUUUGGCUCGGCUCCCAUUAUGUUUUAUUAUUCUUGGCAACUGGCUAUUAGUACAUUCGUCACAUUCCCAAUUAUUCUCCUAACCACAAAGUUUUACGGACUUAUCGUUGAGAAAUUGUCAGAGAAGGAGAACGAUGCAACUGCAGUUUCGAAUGAAACAGUUGAAGAAGUGCUCUCAGCCAUCCGAACAGUUCGAUCAUUUGCUGCAGAAAAAAUUGAGAAUAUGAGAUACACAAGAGAUACUGAUGCAUGGUUCAAGAUCAGUACAAAGACAGUUGUGUUUGGAACUUUCUUCAAUUAUUUCUGGGCGACAAUGUGGAACAUUGAAGACGUUAUUAUCUAUCUCUACGGUGGAUAUCUGACGUUGAAUGGAAGAAUGGAGCCAGAUGCUCUCUUGACCUAUAUUUUCUAUCACUGGAGACUUCACUCUGCACUCAACGCAUUCAGCUCCUUGUUCUCUGACGUCAUGAAAACCAUUGGAUCGUCACGAAAAGUAAUCCAUAUCAUGAAUCGCCAACCAGAACUCGACUAUGAGUUCGGAACCGAGACACCAGAAAUUGUUGGAAACAUUAUCUUUGAAGAUGUUGAGUUUGCUUAUCCAACUCGCAAGAAUGCAAAUGUCCUGAAUAAGAUAAAUUUAUCAAUUGACCCAGGAAAGACUAUUGCAUUGGUUGGACCAAGUGGAAAUGGAAAGUCGACAUUGGUUUCUUUGAUUCAACAAUUUUAUACUCCACAAUCUGGAAGAAUUUUGAUAGAUGGAACACCAAUUCAGAACAUUGACCAUCUCCAUUAUCACACAAACAUUGCACUAGUUGCACAGGAACCAACUUUAUUCUCUGGAACUGUUCGAGAAAAUAUCCUUUAUGGACUUGAAAAUGGAACGGAUGAGGAUAUGAUGCGUGUAGCUGAAAUGGCGAAUGUUCAUGAAUUCGUGUCUAAAAUGGAGAAGGGAUAUGAUACCAAGUGCGGGGAAAAAGGAGUCCAAAUGUCUGGAGGACAGAAGCAAAGAAUUGCAAUUGCUCGAGCUUUGAUCCGUGAUCCACGUGUUCUGAUCCUUGACGAAGCCACAUCGGCGCUGGAUUCAGAGUCUGAAGCUAUGGUACAAGAGGCGUUAAAUCGAUGUGCUCGUGAACGAACUGUAUUGGUGAUUGCUCAUCGUUUAUCCACUGUGAGAAGUGCUGAUCGAAUUGCUGUAAUUGAAAAGGGAAAUGUAACCGAGAUGGGAAACCAUGAGGAGCUGAUGAAAAAUACAGAAGGACUCUAUUACAAAUUGGUGAGCAAACAAUUGGAUCCGUUGAUUGGAACGAAAAAAGAAGAAGAGAAGCCACCGGCGACUGAGUUCUUCUAAGAUAUUUUCACUAUUUGUUAUUUAUUAUGGGAACGUAGAAAAAUUCGUUCUUUGAAAUCUAGGUACAGUGCCACAUUGGAGAGAUCAGCCCCAGAACAUUGAAUCAGGUUGGAAUCCGUAAAAAACAUAUUUCUGCGUACCCAUAAUAUUUUUACUUAUUUAUUUUUGUUUUAAAAAUCAUGGGUUUACAAUUUUACAAAUUAGUCAUUUUUGGUCAUCCUGUGAUCUCCUUCCUGGUUUUGAUUCAUGCAUUUUAUUUUUGCCACCCCUUCCCCAACAGCUUCAUAAUUUUAUUCAUUUUUGCAGCUUUUUCAUAUUUGAAAUAAUUGCAUUGUUUUUGAAAAGUAAAUCAUUCUAGAAUUAAAA